AUGGGCGGACCACCCACCUUGGCGCUGCUCAGCCUCACCCUGGCCCUGCUGCUCAGCCCGCCCGCCGAGGCGUGGUACAAGCAGGCGGCCGGCCCCAGCUACUACUCCGUGGGCAGAGCGUCGGGGCUUCUCUCUGGCAUCCGCCGCUCGCCUUACGUGCGCCGCUCCGACGACAACAGCGUCGCGGACAGUAGCGCCGAGGACGGCCCCGCCGCAUCCUCUCUCGCGAUGUCCGAGGCGCGGCAGAACCUCGGCGGGCUGCGCAACAUGGCAGUAUGUGUGAAGGAAGUGGCUCCAGAACUGCAAAGCUGCCAGCUACUGCCUGGUAUGCCCAGCACCAUUCAGUGCAAGGCGGAUGUCACCGUCUCUUUGGACCCCACUGACUGUACUAUCCCAUAAGCCUUGAGCAGGUGGCCUUCCCUGUAACUUCUAUGGAGGCACUGGGAGGUGGGACAAGCUGGCAAGAGAUGGAUUUACCGUACUCUCUGUGUGAAAGGUGGUUGGAUUU